AUGGACUACACUCCGCUCAAGAGGUAUGGUUCACUCUGGGAAAGAAAUACUAUCGAGUGUCAGCAACGAGAAAGCUGGAUCUACAACGCAGUUCAAGGUAUGUCGAAAGGAAAGAAGUCUAUGACUGAGUAUCUAGGUGAUGUGAAAGGCGUUUGUGAUCAGUUAGACUCAAUAGACUGUGCUUUGUCUGAACAAGAAAUGAUAUAUGGUGCGUUAGCUGGUCUUGGAAAGGAGUAUGAAUCUAUAUGUACUGUGAUUGAGCAUUCCAUGAAUUCUGUUAAUGAGAUGAGUUUUGAGGAUGCUGUGUUCAAGCUCAUAACUUUUGAUGACAAGGUGAAGGUUCUCAACAAUCAGCCAGAACCAAGCCCUCACCUUGCCUUUCAUGCUGGACGUGGUUAUUCUUCACUUGGUCGUGGAGGUAAUAGCAACAGGGGAGGCUACAGAGGAUGUGGCAACUACUCCACUCAUGGUCGAGGCUUCAGUCAACAGUUCACUGGAUCUUCUGGAACAAGACCAACCUGUCAGAUAUGUGGUCGUUAUGGUCACUCCGUCGCUUGCUGUUACAAUCGGUUUGAUCAGGACUAUGACAGUCCAGAUACAAUUCACAAUGCUCUUACAACAAUGCGGCUGUCUGAUCAAGAACGACAGUCAGGUGCUGAGUGGUAUCCAGAUUCAGCUGCAUCAGCUCACAUCACCAACGAUCCAAAUCAGCUCACCUCCUCUGCUCCCUACCUUGGUAAUGAUCAAGUUAUCGUCGGUAAUGGAGACUUCCUCCCUAUCACUCAUGUUGGGUCCGUAGCUUUGCAAACAACGCAAGUUACUUUACCUCUUGAGGAUGUCUUGUCAUCUUCUCAAAUAGAAGAUUUCGAGAUGCCUCCGGUCGGUGGAAUGAACGACGACGACGAAAUGGAUUUCGGUGACGACGCCUCCUUCCUCAAACCCGGUGAGGAGAAGGAGAUCCAGCAAGGUUUGAAGAAGAAACUCGUCAAGGAAGGCGAAGGAUUCGAGACUCCUGAGAACGGCGAUGAAGUUGAAGUGCACUACACUGGUACUUUGCUCGAUGGGACCAAGUUCGAUUCCAGCCGUGACAGAGGAACGCCUUUCAAAUUCACCCUCGGACAAGGUCAGGCUAUUAAAGGAUGGGAUAUUAGUAUUAAGACUAUGAAGAAAGGCGAAAACGCUGUAUUCACCAUCCCUUCGGAGCUGGCUUAUGGUGAAUCUGGUUCGCCACCGACCAUCCCUGCUAAUGCCACGCUUCAGUUUGAUGUGGAGUUGCUUUCUUGGUCUAGUGUCAAGGACAUAUGCAAAGAUGGAGGCGUUUUAAAGAAGAUUGUUGCUGCGGGGGAGAAGUGGGAAACUCCAAAGGAUCUCGAUGAAGUUCUUGUUAAGUAUGAGGCUAAGCUUGAGGAUGGUACGGUUGUUGGAAAAUCUGAUGGUGUUGAGUUCACUAAAGACGGUUACUUCUGCCCUGCACUUUCUAAGGCUGUGAAAACCAUGAAGAAGGCAGAGAAGGUUCUUCUGACAGUCAAACCACAAUAUGGUUUCGGGGAGAAGGGUAAGCCAGCCUUUGGGGGUGAAGGAGCACUUCCUCCAAAUGCGACGCUUGAGAUCGAGCUGGAGUUAAUUUCCUGGAAGACAGUUUCUGAGGUGACUGAUGGUAACAAGGUCAUCAAGAAAAUCUUGAAACAAGGGGAAGGUUGUGAGCGUCCCAACGACGGGGCGGAGUUGCUUUCUUGGUCUAGUGUCAAGGACAUAUGCAAAGAUGGUGGUGUGUUUAAGAAGAUUGUUGCUGCGGGGGAGAAGUGGGAAAUGCCAAAGGAUCUCGAUGAAGUUCUCGUUAAGUAUGAGGCUAAGCUCGAGGAUGGUACGGUUGUUGGGAAAUCUGAUGGUGUUGAGUUCACUGUUAAAGACGGUUACUUCUGUCCUGCAUUUGCUAAGGCUGUGAAAACCAUGAAGAAGGCAGAGAAGAUUCUUCUGACUGUUAAACCACAAUAUGGGUUUGGGGAGAAGGGCAAGCCAGCUUCUGGUGGUGAAACUGCGGUUCCUCCAAACGCGACCCUUGAGAUCGAACUGGAGUUACUUUCCUGGAAGACAGUUCCUGAAGUGAAUGAUGAUAACAAGGUCAUCAAGGAUCUCGAUGAAGUUCUCGGUGAUUAUCAAGAAAGAGAGGUAUAUUUGGCCGUAUACAGUGUCUUUCAAAAAUAUGGUACGUCAUCAGAGCCACAAGUUAAGCAGAUCCUCGUAGAUCUCAGAUCUGAACUUGGCAUCUCUGAAGAUGUAUCCUCCAAACUUGAGAAUGAGAAGAAGCCCAAGAACGAGGAUACAGAUCCAAACCCACUUUAUGAUUUAAUGUCUGCGUUAGUGGAAGAGAAGACUUCAGAAACUUCUGAAGAACGAGAAAGAAAGAAAAGGAGUGAGCAGGUUUACAAGGUACUGAUGGCUGCUGUUAAAAGGUGUACGAAGAAGGAUGCAGAACAGGCUUACUUCAACACUCUCAAUGUUAUGAGUUCAAAAUGUACUCCUCUCACCAAAAAGAGUGAAGAUAUACUGAUCAACCUGUCCAAGGAAUGGAAAAUCGAAAAGGACACUCACAACAAAUUUCUUGUUCGAAUCAAAAGGGCUAAAAGUUUCUGUCCCCUAAGCAAAUCCUCACAAGCACAAGCAAAGAAAAAUGCAUGCUCCAUUUGCAAAAGGCAGGAUUUUUUCAGUCGGAGAGACUUAGCGAAGCAUGAGAGGACAUGUCGUGAGAUAGAAAAGAAGCAAAUGUGUCAGGACGUCUUCGAUCGUGUUGUGAGGAAACCAAGAACGCCCAGAGUUGUGGUUGCAAGACCUGGAAAAGAAAAGGAAUCCAAAGAUGUCCCAAGCUGCCAAGUUUCUCCGACUGAUGAUUGCUGUAUCGUCGAACGCAACCAUGAUCCUGUACAAGACAACAUCUGGCUACAAGGUGAUCCUGGUUUCCCAUUCCAAGAGACCUGAAUAAAGUUUCCAACUGGUAUCUCUUAGCUCUUAUGUCAAAAGAUACUUUUUGUAUAAAAACCAUCUGACCGACAACAUAUAUUUUACAUAACAAAAACAAAAGUUGUGUUUUCAGUUU